UCUCUCUCGCCCUCAUUUUCAUCUCUUCUGCAACUUUCAGAUCCAAAAAUUUCCUCCAAUUCCCAAUCUUCAUCACCUUCCUCCUCAAUCAAUUUCAAUUCCAGUUCCUAUUUCAACCUCAAAACAUGGAGAGGUGUAAAGAAAUUGCAUUGGAAUUAAACCAUUUUUUGUCCUCCAAACUCUUCUACUUUUUAGAUGAAUACAACGACGACAAUAAACCUACCAUUAUCCAGAUCAUCUUAGCAUCUUCAAUCGGCUUAAUCAUCGCUGCCGCUAUGCACUUUCGUUUCAGAAAGGUUCGCCAUCAUCGGAUCAUCCCUUAUAUUCGAGUUUCAAGUACCGGUCAGCCAUUGAAGCUCGAGAGGUUCCCUCAUUAUGUAGCUAGGCAGAUGGGGUUUGUUGAUAAACGAGAAUGCCCUUAUCUCUGCAAAUUAGCUUCUGCUUAUAUCAGGAAAGAAGAAGGAUGUGAGGAAGAUAUGUAUUCCUUUUUUGGAGAUGAUCCAGGUGCAGAUUCAUUGUUCAUAAAACUUGUGGAAGAAUUUGAGAGAUGUAUUCUCAGUUACUUUGCAUUUCAUUGGAGCAAUGCUUCUUUCAUGAUCAGUCAGGUGUUGGGUCCUGAUGCACAUGAGCCCAAAAAGAAGCUCAAGAACAUAGUCAUGCAAGCCACAAGGGAACAAAGAUUUGAGCGGGUGACGAAGAACCUAAAAGUAGCAAGAAUAUUCACAACUUUAGUGGAGGAAAUGAAGGCGAUAGGCCUUGUGUCUGCAGACGAUUCGCAAUGUACUCACGUUAUGGUUCCGAUGGCUCAUAAAGAUCGUAGUCCUCUUCUCCUUUUUAUGGGCGGUGGCAUGGGAGCCGGAAAGAGUACCGUUCUUAGAGAUAUUCUUAAAGAACCAUUUUGGGCAGGAGCAUCAGCAAAUGCUGUUGUGAUAGAGGCAGAUGCCUUCAAAGAAUCAGAUGUCAUUUAUAGAGCUCUUAGCUCCAGAGGUCAUCAUGAUAUGCUUCAUACAGCUGAACUGGUGCAUCAAUCAUCGACGGAUGCGGCAUCAUCCCUCCUCGUAACAGCACUAAACGAAGGGAGGGAUGUGAUCAUGGACGGAACCCUCUCGUGGGUUCCAUUUGUUGUGCAAACGAUAACAAUGGCAAGAAACGUUCAUCGCAAACACUACCGAAUGGGACCCGGUUACAAGGUCCACAGUGACGGAAGCGUUACCGAAAACUAUUGGGAACAACUUGAUGAAGAAAGUGAGCUAGUAGAUGGUAAUAAGAAGAGAAAACCAUACAGGAUAGAACUGGUUGGUGUUGUUUGUGAUCCUUAUUUAGCUGUCAUAAGAGGCAUAAGGUAA